CCAGAGGCUCCCUGGCCCGAGCGCACUCGUCGGCGCUUACUUCGACAUGCGGGCAGAACGCGCCUUGGUGUGGCUCUGCGUUCACCACCAUCCCACCAUCUGACCUCGCUGCUACACCCACAAUUUCCCUCUUCGCUCGGCUUCGAUCUGCCCAGAUUCAUGCUCAUCUACCGCCCUCACGUCGCCACCUCACCAACGACUCGCAUCCGCCCUCGGUGUCCCUACCCAAGACGUGCGCUGCCCGAGGACUUGUGCCGCACGAAUCGCGAUGCACUUCAAGCCGCGCGACAUCAUGCGAGUGAAAAUCGCGGAUAGGGGAGGGCGAUACUGGAAGUCGCCAUCAGAGAAGGGCGAGAGGGCAUCGAGCUCAGCUCGCUCGCAGGACCUCGAGAGAAGGAUUUUGCCCUCUCCACUGCCCCUCGAUCGCCAUCCCGGUGUCCUCGUCCCGGCGACCCAACCUCCUCUGGCCUGGUGCGAGACGCAUGCUUCGGCUAGGCCGGGUGACCGCGUUCGCUGCUCGCCAAGGGAGGCUGUGUCCUGCCACGAGGACACUGGCAUUGCUAUCUCGGGCACCCACAUAAGACUGUCCUUUGCGGCCGAGAAGACGACGCGGGAGGCCAAACCAGGCGCGGCCAGUCUCUUCGCACGUCCCCCGGCUCUACGUCGUGGAGCCGCCCUCGUCAACAUAACCGGUACCUUCAAUAUCCUACGCAUCACCUCGCGCCGGCUCCCCCAUCAUCCUCACGUCCAAGCCGCGAGGCCAGGACACCCGACGCCACCUCGCUUGCGACCUCUAAAUGUGGAGUCUUACGACUCCCCGCCGCGCUCCCUUUCAACCACGAGAUUGUGGUCCCUCGCGCCCGGUUCAGGCUACGUGUCCCUCGGCUCUACGGCGCCCGCGAGAUCUGUGUUAUUCAGCCCGCCGAUCCAGAGCUUGGGUGCCACACGCGAGAACCACUCUGGGCUGAACUCGCUCGGGUCCGGCGUGAAAAAGGUGUUCAAGUUCCACAGCCCCACGCGCGGCGGCGCGGGCUGCCAGUGCUACCAGCGCACGCGCACAGCGAACCCGGCGGGGUGGUCGAUCGGCGGCGGGGGCGGUGCACCGAGGAGCAGCGUGCAGAACGCGGCGAGCACGCAGCGGGGUGGCGGACGUGGACGCCCACGGCUCGCCGAGGUAGGAGUCGAGCAGGAAUCCACAUCGCUGGGGGCGGGUUGCUAUUCAGACGCGGCCAUUGGAGACGGUAUUGACUCUUGCAUCGUCGGCGCCCUCACCGACACCUCUCGCGCACGCUCUGGUCGACAGCCGCUCGACUGCAAGCUCUUCAACCCUGCCGACAAGCGCACGGAGAUCACGUACCGUGAGGAGUCGAUUGGCUGCCUCCAGCGCGUCAUCAAGGCUCUGCUCGCGCAACAAACCGAGGAGCACGAGAACAAGAGCGAGGCUGACGUGGAGAAGUUCGCCGCGCGUAGUCUGCGCGCGCUCGCUGUCCCCUACGAGGAGGUUGAGGGUGAUUACAUUGAGGGGACAACGAUCAGCGACACCAUCAUGAUGCUUCUCGGCGUCCAGCUCAAGAUGGUCACCGGCGACGAGCUUCCCAUUGCCAAGGAUAUCGGCCAUCGUUUCAAGCUCAGGGACUACGUGUAUCCAGCUAAGCUGCUCGAGGAUGAUCCCGAGGCCGGUGGCAUGCAUGCGUCACUCGACGAGAUCAUCCGACG